AUGGCGCAACAAGAGCGGAAGCUUCCCUUUGGGAAGAUUGAGCCCAAUUCGGCCAAAUAUUUCUACAGCUGUGCAUUCGGCGGGAUUGUCGCAUGUGGACCAACACACACGGCGGUGACGCCGCUGGACCUGGUCAAGUGCCGACGACAGGUCGACCCAAAGAUCUACACGUCGAACAUAUCUGCAUGGCGCUCGAUCUUCGCCAAGGAAGGGCUGCGCGGGGUGUUUUUCGGGUGGUCGCCGACGUUCCUGGGGUACUCGUUCCAGGGCGCCGGCAAGUACGGGCUGUAUGAGUACUUCAAGUACGCAUAUGGCGAGCAACUCUUCCCACACGCGAACCGCACGCUCGUCUUCCUGGGCGCCAGCGCGUCGGCCGAGUUCUUUGCCGACAUGGCGCUGUGUCCGCUCGAGGCUAUCAAGGUCCGCAUGCAGACCACACUGCCGCCGUUUGCCAACAACCUGCGCCAGGGCUGGAGCCGCAUUGUUGCAAAGGAGGGCUUCGGUGGUCUCUACAAGGGCCUGUACCCGCUGUGGGCUCGUCAAAUCCCCUAUACCAUGACAAAAUUCGCGACCUUCGAGGAGACUGUUAGUCUGAUCUACAGGUCUCUUGGCCAGCCCAAGGAGAGCUUUGGCCAGCUGACCCAGACUGGGGUGAGCUUUCUCGGUGGCUACAUUGCUGGGAUCUUUUGUGCUGUUGUCAGCCAUCCUGCUGAUGUUAUGGUCAGCAAACUGAAUGCUGAUCGCCAGUCGGGCGAGGGUGCCCUCAAGGCCGUGUCCCGAAUCUACGGGAAUAUCGGAUUCUCUGGUCUGUGGAAUGGCCUUCCCGUUCGAAUUGUGAUGCUGGGUACCUUGACAGGCUUCCAGUGGCUUAUUUAUGACUCGUUCAAGGUAUUCCUUGGUCUUCCCACUACUGGUGGGCACUAG